CCCGGUAGCAGGAGCGCAGCCAGCAAGCUCAGGCCCCCAGCCCUACUGCCACCGCGCCGAACGACAUGGCCGAGCCGGCGGAGCACCGUCCAGCUGAGGAGGAGGAGGCCGCGGCGGCCGGCGAGGAUGAGGACACCGGCGCCCAGGUCGCGCCCAUCGUGAAGCUGGAGGAGGUCGCCGUUACCACUGGAGAGGAGGACGAGGACGCGCUCCUGGACAUGAAGGCGAAGCUCUACCGGUUCGACAAGGAGGGGAACCAGUGGAAAGAGCGCGGCACAGGCACUGUGAAGCUGCUCAAGCACAAAGACACCGCCAAGGUCCGCCUCGUCAUGCGUCAGGCGAAGACGCUUAAGAUCUGCGCCAACCAUCUCGUGGUGGCGACGACUAAGAUGCAGGAGCACGCGGGGAGCGACAAGUCGUGCGUGUGGCACGCGCUGGACUUCGCCGACGGCGAGCUCAAAGAGGAGAUGUUUGCUAUCCGUUUUGGAUCUGUCGAGAAUUGCAAGAAGUUCAAGGACACUGUUGAAGAGAUAGCUGAACAGCAAGGAAAGAGCGAGGAGAAAGAAAAUGAUGAAGUCUCCACUGCCGCUUCUGAUUUGGCACAGAAGUUAACAGUGGCAGAGCCCAGCAAGGAGGAAAAUGCAGAGAAAGAGGAGGCUCCUGCAUCCGAUGAUAAGAAGGAUGCUAAAGAGUGAAGGUUGAAGGCAAACAAGGGUCAAAUGGAUGCCAUUCCAUUCAUUUCGUUUCCAAGGUUCAGCUUCCCCGCAAAUUUUCAUUGUGUUUUCUCCGAGAUGAAUGUUUGUGUUCGGUGAAAUCAGAGUCGUCAGUCAUCUACAUAGCUUUUCUUGGUUGAUAGACUGUUAUUUUAAGUCGCAUGUUUAUCUGGGAUGGCUGGGGUCAGCAUGUUUGUACAAUUAUUUGGAGUUGCUUUUGGAAUGGUCGCGGUUUGAUGAGUUGCCU